AUGAAGAAGAUGAGGUUCUCAGAAAUAUGGAUUGAAUGGAUAAUGCGAUGUGUAUCAUCGGUGAAAUACCAUGUCUUAUUCAAUGGUCAACCAAGAGGAAACAUAACCCCACAACGAGGUUUGCGACAAGGAGAUCAUUUGUCUCCUUUCAUAUUCAUCUUAUGCACAGAAGCGCUCGUUAGCCUUCUAAAUCAUGCAGAGAAUCAAGGGAAGAUUACGUGGAUGUGCGUUUCACGUGCUAGCCCUCUGGUAUUCCACCUUCUAUUUGCUGAUGAUAGCAUGUUCUUCUGCAAGGUGGAGCCACGUGAAUGCGAUGAAAUCAUGAAAGCACUGGGGAACUAUGGAAAAGCUUCGGGACAAUGCAUUAAUUUUGAAAAGUCGUCCUUACUCUUUGGUAAGAGGAUACCUGAACAUGUCAAGGAUACUCUAAAACAUUCAACUGGAAUUGAUAAUGAGGGAGGAAUGGGUUCCUAUCUUGGUAUCCCCAAAGAUAUUAGUAGUUCAAAGGUUAGGCUCUUUGCCUUUCUGAAGGAGCGACUACAAAACCGUGUUAAUGGCUGGACAUGA